CCAGGUGUAAAACCUCAGGCUGGCUGGUCUAUUGACCCAUUUGGACUGUCUCCAACAAUGGCAUACCUGCUGAAACAGAUGGGUCUAAAGAACAUGCUGAUUCAAAGAGUCCAUUACUCUGUCAAGAAAUACUUAGCAAAGAAGAAAGAACUGGAAUUUCUCUGGAGACAGGAAUGGGACGAUUCUGGUCGUACAGACAUCUUCUGUCACAUGAUGCCAUUCUACUCGUAUGACAUCCCCCACAGCUGUGGGCCUGAUCCCAAGAUCUGCUGCCAGUUUGACUUCAACCGCCUGCCAGGAAUGCGCUACAACUGCCCCUGGAAGGUUGCUCCCGUUGUUAUUGAUGAUGAAAAUGUAGCAGCAAGGGCUGAAAUGUUACUCGAUCAGUACCGCAAGAAAUCUCAGCUAUACCGACAGAACAUUGUACUGAUACCUCUGGGUGAUGACUUUCGGUAUGACAAGUCCAAUGAAUGGGACCUGCAGUAUCAGAACUACAAGAAGCUGUUUGACUACAUGAACUCCCAGCCAAAAAUGAAAGUUGAUAUUAAGUUUGGAACUUUGUCCGACUAUUUCAAUGCAAUCUACAAGAAGCAUAAAAUUGCACCUGGGGAUCCUCCCCCAAACAUACCUUCACUGUCAGGUGAUUUCUUCACUUAUGCUGAUCGAGAUGACCACUACUGGAGUGGCUACUAUACCUCUCGCCCUUUCCAGAAGGUUCUUGACCGAGAGAUGGAACACCAGCUGCGGGGUGCUGAAAUCCUUUUCUUCCUGGUCAGUCGGUACCUUAAGAUACAUGAUGGCAGCAAAUUCCCUCUCAUAGAGUUCAUGCAGAGUCUGGUUAAUGCUCGACGGAACCUUGCACUGUUUCAGCACCAUGAUGGUAUUACGGGGACUUCCAAAGACUCCGUAGUUGAAGACUAUGGUGACAGGUUGCUGACUGCUAUGAUGGAUAUGAAGAGACUGACAACAGAAUCAAUCACAUUUUUAAUGAUGAAAGAGAAAAGCAAAUACAGCUACUCCAAAGAAAAACCUAUGUUUAAUGUUGAUGAAAAAAGGGAGAAGCAUUUCUCUAUACCAGAACGUUCUGUUUUGAAAAUAAGUGAUACUCCUCAGUCUGUUAUAUUUUACAACUCAUUGGCACAUAAGCGAGAGACUGUAGUCAGUGUCUAUGUCGACUCCCCAUUUGUUAUUGUCAGAGAUCCUAGGGGAAAGAUCAUUCCUUCACAGAUUGACUUGUUCUGGACUGACCGGGAUUCUGUCUCCACAGACGUCUACAAGGUGUCAUUUGUGAUGGCCAUCCAAGCAUUGGGCAUUUGCCAAUACACAAUCGAAAAAACACACAAACUGUCCACAAAAAAAGCUGUGCCAUCGGAGAUAACAUUUUACAACUCAAACAUGAACAUGGAACAUUCCAGUUCAGUGUUCACAAUAAAGAAGUCCCCAUCAAAGCCCUUCAGUCUUGAGAACUAUUACAUGAAGGCUGGCUUCAGCCAGGCAACAGGGCUGUUACAAAACAUCACAUUUAAAGCAGAGGGUAUUACACACCCAGUCAGCAUCAAAUUUGUAACAUAUGGCACUCGAAAAUCUUCUGAAAAGAGUGGUGCUUAUCUAUUCCUGCCAGAUGGUGAAGGUCGGGAAGUAACAAUUGUCGACCCAUUCAUUCGUGUCAUUCAAGGCACUGUUGUAUCUGAAGUGAGUGUCUUUGUGGAAAAUGUAGAGCAUGUUGUGAGGUUAUAUAAUUCACCAGGUGCAGAUAGUUUGUCACUGGACAUCUACAAUAUAGUGGACAUUAGAGACAAACUGAACUUUGAGAUAGCCAUGAGGGUGUGUAGUGAUAUUAAGAGUGAGGACAACUCUUUCCACACUGACCUAAAUGGUUUCCAGAUGCACCGGCGUAAAACAUACAGCAAGUUGCCUUUGCAGGCCAACUACUAUCCCAUGCCAACUGCUAUGUUUGUGGAGAAUUCUCAGAAACGAUUAAACAUCCUAUCUGGUCAGUCACUUGGAGCUGCCUAUCUGAAGCCUGGUGAGAUGGAAGUGAUGUUGGACCGUCGCCUCAACCAAGAUGAUAGCCGAGGUCUGGGCCAGGGUGUGCUUGAUAACAAACAGACCCCUAACAAAUUCCGGCUUCUUCUUGAAAUAAGAAAGAUUUCCCCUCUUCUUGAAAUGAAGAACCAAGUAAAACCUCUCUCGUUGCUGGCCCAUCUCACUUCAUUGCACCUCAUCCACCCACUAUAUGUGUCACCAAGGAAUCCCGACAGUAGUAAUAUUGAUCUUGAGCUGUUACCUUCCUUCUCUUCUACCCUUGAUGGCAGUAGCAGUGGUCUGACAUGUGAUGUGCAUUUGUUGAACCUACGCACAUUGCAGAACAAGGAUGAUGACCCCAGCCUAAAAUUUGUGCCACAGAACAGUGCUGCACUCAUCUUGCACCGCUUCUCAUUUGACUGUGAUUUCCCCAACCUGGGACUCAGUUGCACAAUUGGAAAUGGAAAGGUGGACUUGAACUCUUUAUUCAAAGAUAUAAAACUGAAGGACAUUCGCAGCACAUCUCUGUCUUUACUGUAUGAAAGUAACUCCUCUCUCUCUCAGUCUCACCUCUUCAUCAAACCAAAUGACAUAAGUGCCUUCAAGAUCACACCAUAUUAAGCUGAUCAAUCGAUUCACUGCACUGACACUCUGAUUCUCUGGCCAAAUGAAUUGAUCCACUUCCUGAAUGGAAUCAACAACAGAACUGUUAUUCUGGAACGACUAUGUGAUUGCUCAUCUUGCUAGAAAUAACAGUGAAAUUCCCUGUUUCUCCUGUAAAUAUUACACUGUACCAUCCAUAUACUAAAAGAUAAAAACAAUAUGCCUAGAAUUUUAAAAAAUGGGAUGGUCAUGACUGGAAUACCUUUGAAUAGGUUGGACCUUAGGGUUUAAACAAUAACUAGAAUGACUGACUGUCUGUCUGACCAACUGACCAUCAUUGUUGAAGUAGUUUAAGUGAUGGUGGCAGUAGUGGUAGAGGUUUAGACUGCUACUGGCUCUGCAACCACCACCACCAUGACCACAACCACUGCUGUCACUGUCCAUACCUCCCAGUGUCACCACCGGUCUUAACUAGUGAUGAGGGAGCCUCUAUGUGAUCACCCGACAUGUUAGAAAUAGCAGCAAAAAAAUGAAAGACAAAUUGGAUAAUGCAGUCCACAGUACAUUGUGCCUAGAAAAUAAAUAAAUGGGAUGGUUAUAGCCGGAAACUAAUAAAUGGGAUGCCUAUAACCUUUAAUCAUGAAUGGAUAUGCUCAAUCAAAGCUGACAUUGGGCUAAAACUA